AACGCCACGUCGUAUGAUUGUUAAAGUAAAAAACGGCAGGUCGUAGAGUUAUGACGUAAGCUUUGCACAAUAAGGCGCAAAAGCCGCCAAGUUUGUUUGGGUGGGUGGAAGUUGCUGGCGUAGAGAUUAGAGAGAGAAUGACAGUCGUCCGAAGAGCUGCUUCACCGAACAACCUCUCCAAACUUGUUGGAUUUGCAAACAGGUCCUUCAAAUCAUUGAGAUUUCCCGGCGAGUCCUUCGAUUCUUCAUCGCCUUCCUUCCUUACUUAUGGAAUCCAUGUCUUCCAUUGCCCCGAUGCAGUUGGUAUUGUGGCCAAGCUCUCGGAUUGCAUUGCUUCUAGAGGUGGAAACAUUCUAGGUGCUGAUGUUUUCGUCCCCGAAAAAAAGCACGUCUUCUAUUCUAGGAGCAGUGAAUUUAUUUUUGACCCUUUAAAAUGGUCAAGACUGCAAAUGGAUGAAGACUUUUCUAAGCUCUCGAAGACAUUCAAUGCUAUCAGAUCUGUAGUUCGGGUGCCAGAUCGAGACCCGAAAUAUAAAAUUGCUAUCUUUGCUUCAAAACAGGAUCAUUGCCUGGUUGAUUUAUUGCAUCAAUGGCAGGAUGGAAGACUUCCGGUAGAAAUAACUUGUGUAAUAAGUAAUCAUGAUAGAGAUCCAAACACCCAUGUGAUUCGCUUUCUCGAAAGGCACGGUAUUCCUUACCAUUAUUUGUGCACAAACAAAGAUGAUAAAAGCGAAGGGCAGAUGUUGGAGUUGGUCCAGAAUACUGAUUUUUUAGUUCUUGCCAGGUACAUGCAGAUACUCUCUGGUAAUUUUUUAAAGAGCUAUGGUAAGGAUGUAAUUAACAUACAUCACGGCCUUUUGCCAUCAUUUAAGGGUGGGCAUCCAUCUAAACAGGCUUUUGAUGCGGGAGUGAAACUAAUUGGUGCAACAAGUCAUUUUGUGACAGAAGAGCUUGAUGAAGGGCCUAUCAUAGAACAGAUGGUUGAGAGAGUUUCUCACAGAGAUAACUUGCAGAGUUUUGUGCAGAAAUCAGAGAACCUGGAGAAGCAAUGCCUUUCGAAAGCUAUUAAAUCAUAUUGCGAGUUACGAGUGUUGCCAUACGAGGAAAAUAAGACUGUUGUAUUUUAAAAAAGCAUAAAUUAGUUUAAAGGUGCUCAGUCUAUUGUCGUUCAAAACUCAAAUUGUUCAGUUUAAGUUGGUAUUCACUUACUGAUAGAAUUAUAAACUGCACGCUGUAGAACUUUUGACCUUUAUUUGUUGUUGUAUUGUGCAGUAAGGGCUCCAUUUGCAAAGUGUCAAAGUUGAGAAGGAAACUGAUUUAUGGGAUUUAGUUUAUUGAGAAUUAAUUUUUUUCC